AUUAUUAAAAGUGAUAAAAUAAAUAGGAGUAUAAUAUUCCUGCUACAUACACUUACUGAAUCAAUAGGUUCUCCGCUCACGGAGGUUUGGAAGACUAAUCGUGGAGAAGUCAAUGACGAUCGCAAAAUAUCGGGCUCGACAAAUUUAUUUCGACAAACGGUGUUUCCCGGUCUUUUUCUUAUCUUUUUAGAUUUUCUUCAUUUGACUUCUGUGCCUUUUGAUAUACUUUUGAGCUACCAUGAUAAUUGUUGGUGGGGUACCAUUUGAGAGCAAUUCUACUGAUCAGGGGAGUUCUGACCUUGUUGCUCUGAUGGAACACCCGGUACUUGUCUCGACUUCACUCUCCUUUAAAGCAAUUCCCGAGAAGAAGUUUUCGAUUUCCGACACAUAUUCAGAUGAAGUGGAAAAGAAGAGGCAUGUUUAUGUGUUCCAAAGAGAAUAUGCUACAGUCGACCCUACGCUUGUGGAUUUAAUUGGCACGGACGAAGCGACUACAUGUGUGGGUGUUGUAAUUAGGAACCGGGACAAUGGAAUGACUUCAGUUGCUCACAUGGACUAUCCAGCGAUUGUAGACCAUGGCCUCUCUCAGAUGCUGGAAAAACUCGUAGAUUGUAAACACGAAAGUGAGAUGGAUGUGCAUCUGAUAGGAGGUUUUGAAGAAUGUCCAAAUAAACAUGAUGAGCAUACUCAAUUGAGAAGCAAAGCUCCAAACGAUCAUUCUUUUCCUCUGUGUGCUAAAAUUAUUGAAGCCUUUGUAAGGAGUACAGUAAAGUUUCAUAUUCACACUUUAUUUGUACUGAGGCACAAUACCAAGAUAGGUACUGUUGGGAAUGCACUCCCUAUAUUCAGCGGCUUCCUGGUACAAACUAGGACAGGAAGUAUCGUUUCUGCCACAUUUGACCAGACCACAAGAUGCCCAGAUGAACUUGUAAGGCGAAUUCGAGUCUCGGCUUCUUUUUCAGACUCCCAAUGGAGAAACAAGCUACUUGAGACAUAUGACACUCAAACUGACCAGUUCAUCAUCGCUCCAUGCUAUUGGAGCAUACGUCUGGUACAUAUGGCUUCUUAUCUUCAGCAACUUCCUGAUGAAGAAAUCCUUCAUACUUGUUCCACUUCACCUUAUGCUGAAGCACCAGACUUCAUAGAUAAUCAAAAAAGGAUGUGGAAUUAUUUGAUUCAAUAUCCAAAUUGGAAGGAAAGUUUCAAAUUGGGAAAACCACGUAUAUUCGCAAGGACCGUUAGUGGAGGAUGGAUGAUGGUUGAGCAAGCUCACGAGGCAGCCAGCUGAAACUGUUGGUACUCUCCAAAUCCUACUCUCGAAUAUCAUUUGAGUCAAUGUUGUAGAUUCAAUUACAUUCUUCGGGAAAAUGCAUUGGUUAGAACUUAAACCGAUUAUUAUUAUGGAUGUUAAUCAAUGAACGCAACUCGUCAGGCACGUACAUUAUUGAUUUUCAGUCCGCGGCCGCCACACAUCUGCAGUAGUUAUAUCAUAUGUAAGAGGAGUACAUUCAAUUUUUUCUGAUUUUUUAGAGUGUAUUACAUGGUAUGUUUCCAUAUUAGCAAGCCUGUUAUACAAUCUGUACUUUCUAUUUGAAUUUGGAAUGACAUAGUUUAUCCCAUGAAAAGUUGCACAAAUUAUCUUUUUCAUCUGCACUUUAUAUAGCCAUUUAUAAAAUGGGUCGUUAAUGUAAGGAAUCCUUUUGUAGAAAUCAAUGAAAUAAAGAACAAAAAUAAGCUUUUAUUAAUAAAAAAAAUUUCCAAAUAAGCGCUCAACCAAAAUAAUUUUCAAAAUAAGAGUCUUUUACGUUAGACACUGCCCGCAAUUACUAACAGCGGUCAAUUACUUAACUGAGUCAAAAAUCAGAUCAAUAGUCGCCUGUUGUUACUAAU